GUCGACGUUCUUGCCAAAAGUGCAUCUCAAGAUCGUAGUCUUCCUCGCAGAGACAAGAAGUGCUUCUGCAGAUCAGAAUGCCAUCCAUACAACUCCUUCCACCGUCGUCCACGAGAUCAAAGACCAGCGGACGAGAUGCGAAUCCGCUACCGACCCUUCUCCAAACCCCCUCUGGCCUUGCGAUCCUCGAAAUCCAAGGCACAAUACAUGGCGCACUUCAGGAUCCCAACGAACAGGCUGAGGUUACCACGUCCGUGGGCAGACUCGAGUUUCCACUCCACAAAACUCAAGAGGCGGACGAGGGCAAAUGGAUGAAGAAAGUCUACCUAUAUGUCGGAAAGUAUCAGCGAUUGACGGGGGAGGUGAAAAAGCUGGCAAAACCACUCGCAGUGAUACGAAAGGCUGAACAGCAUGACGGACACAACAAUAACGAAGAUCUCGAGAUAGUCGAUAUCGUCAAGUUCAGGCUGCUAUUCAGUGGAAGACCAGAACCUGUGGGCGAGUGAUGAAUCGGACCAAGCGGAAGUGACUCGAUGAAUAUG